GACUUUCAAAUGACAUAAGACAAAUUAUCUUCGGUAUAAAAAUAAUAUGUUAUUAGUAAAUAUAAUUCAUUAAAUAAUACGACGUUCACCGUCAUAUGUUCGUUAUUGAGUGAUAAUGAAGUGUAUGUAUCGUUGUAAAACAUAAAAUACUACUGCGGCUGCCAAGAUGAGGACUCGUAGUAAUUCGGGGGUGCGUUUAGACUAUUAUCAAAGGGUAGUGCACAAGUUAAUUUUAGAUCAUCAGCAACCUGUGACUGGUUUAUUUCCUGCCAGUCCUCACAAUGAUCAUGCGUGGAUUAGGGACAAUCUGUACUGCAUAUUAGCAGUAUGGGGACUCUCCAUGGCAUUCAAGAAAAUUGCUGAUCAAGAUGAAGAUCGUGCCAAAACAUAUGAAUUGGAACAAAGCUGCGUCAAACUGAUGAGAGGUCUCCUAAUGGCUAUGAUGCAGCAAAAAGAUAAAGUGGAGAAAUUUAAGAGCACACAGCACCCCAUGGACUCACUCCAUGCCAAGUAUUCUUCUGCCACAGGGCGCACAGUGGUUAAGGACACGGAGUGGGGACACUUGCAGAUUGAUGCCAUCUCUCUGUACCUGCUCAUACUGGCACAGAUGACAGCAUCUGGCCUUCAAAUUGUAUUCUCCUUAGAUGAAGUAUCAUUUAUACAGAAUUUAGUAUUUUACAUUGAAUCAGCCUACUGCACCCCUGAUUAUGGUAUUUGGGAAAGGGGUGAUAAGACUAACCAUGGAUUGCCAGAACUUAAUGCCAGCUCUAUUGGAAUGGCUAAAGCUGCUCUUGAAGCCAUGAAUGAACUAGACCUAUUUGGUGCUCGUGGAGGUCCUUCCAGUGUGAUCCAUGUUUUGGCUGAUGAAGCCCAGAAAUGUCAGGCUGUGCUACAAUCCAUGCUUCCUAGAGAAUCAAAUAGUAAAGAGUUAGACUCAGGCCUACUAUCUAUUAUAAGUUAUCCUGCAUUUGCUGUUGAUGAUCCACAGCUGAUUGCUAUAACACGGGAUACAAUAGUUACUAAAAUGCAGGGCAAAUAUGGAUGCAAGAGGUUCUUAAGAGAUGGUCAUAAGACACCCAGAGAAGAUCCAAGCAGACUGUACUAUGAGCCAUGGGAACUGAGAAUGUUUGAAAACAUUGAAUGUGAAUGGCCAUUAUUCUUCUGUUACCUCAUAUUAGAUUACUGCUUCAAAGGUGAUAAGAACAAUGUGACAGAGUACAUGCAAAUGUUAGAAAAAGUUAUGAUAAGGAAAGAUGAUGGGAUAAAAUUGGUCCCUGAGUUGUAUUCAGUGCCAGCUGAUAAGGCUGACUUAGAACAGCAUGAGCCUGGAAGCCAAGAGCGCAUACCAUUAGGAAGGUGCCCCUUCAUAUGGGCACAGUCAUUGUAUAUCUUAGGAAAAUUGUUGCAAGAGGGUUUCUUGGCUGUUGGAGAACUGGAUCCUCUCAAUAGGCGUCUAUGCUCUGAGAAGAAACCUGAUGUAGUUGUCCAAAUUGUAAUACUGGCUGAAAAUAAUGAAAUAAGAGACAAAUUGCUUGAAUAUGACCUCCAUGUUCAGACUAUUAGUGAUGUAGCACCUAUUGAAGUUCAGCCGGCAAGAGUGUUGAGCCACUUGUACACAUAUUUAGGUAGAAACAAAAAGUUGGGCUUAUCAGGCAGAAAAUCCCGUGACGUGGGUAUCCUUAGUACAAGCAAAUUGUACUCAUUAAAUGAUCGUAUUUUUGCUUUCACGCCACAGAACUUCGACUACGAAGAGUACUACAUGUCGCGCGACCCGGCGCUGCUCGCCAGCACGUUUACGGCGAACGUCGCGUUCCUCGGCAUGAGCUGGAAGCAAAUGCUCGGCCGGCCGACGAUCACGUUGCUCGCUACGCAGUAUCUGUUAGACCAAGGCAAGAUCCCGAUGGCGAUGAUAACGACUAUGAAAAAGCUGAAGUCUGGAUAUAUAAACGGUACUCGAGUUACUCUUGGUAAUCUCGGAGAGUUUUUGAGCACUUCUGCCAUUACCAACUUGAGUUUCCUGGGCAGUCAAGAGGAUGGAUACCCGGACAAGCUAAACCCCGAAGUCCAAAGCUAUCUGGAAGAACAUCUAUUGAAGUCGUUCAGCAACAAAAUUAGUUUCAUGUCACGGCCUGCAGGCGCAAAGAACAACCGCGCCCUCCGCCGCCGUAUGUCCGUACGAGGAGCUAUCAAGAAGACCAGGUCUAUCAAUGUUGACUCUGAUACUUUGGGUAUGGAAGGGGAAUCUGUGGGUCGUUCCUUGGAGCGCAAGCCUUCGUGGCUUGAUGUCGACCCUUCAACCUACGGCCGAAGCCCGUCACCGGAUAAUGCUAAGCGUGCUUUCACUAAAGGAACAUCGACAACAACUUUGGCAGUACCGGCACCUACUAUAGAAGUGACAAAAGAAAGAUCUCCUUCGCCGCCAGAAACUAUAAUAAACAAGAACUUGACAUCGAUAGUCCGCAACCGUACAACAUCGGAGUCUCAGAACUCGGUGUACGCGGAACAGGAGACCGACGAGCUGAUCGCCAUGCUGCGGGAGACCGAGAGCCUGGACGAGCAGGGCGACAUCCUGCAGUACCUCGUCGAUACGCAUGGACUUGACUUCAGUACUGGCAUGCAAGAAAACGGCAAGCUCGUCACAGUCAAAGAUUUACUCAAGGUGCUAUACGAGAAGGCUUGCUCACAAAAGCUGUGGGGACUAGUGCGUCAUACCGCGGGUAUGCUCGGCAAGCGCGUUGAGGACUUAGCGAAGGCUGUUACUGACCUACUCGUGCGACAGAAGCAGAUCACGGUGGGCAUGCCCCCUAACAAUGAACACACUAUCACAGCUCCACUCCCGGAGAAUGAACUGAGGCAGCUUAUACACCAGGCGUAUGGUGACGACGAGAGUACAGCGAUGUUGACGCAGGAGCUGCUCGUGUACCUCGCCAUGUUCAUACGCACCGAGCCGCAACUGUUCCUCGAGAUGUUACGACUUAGAGUCGGACUUAUCAUUCAGGUCAUGGCGACAGAGUUAUCCCGUACCCUAUCUUGUGACGGCGAAGAGGCCUCAGAACAUCUAUUGAACCUCUCGCCUUUUGAGAUGAAGAACUUACUACAUCACAUACUCAGCGGAAAGGAGUUUGCCAUUAAUAGCGCUAACUCACUAUUUGUAAUAAAAGGAAAGAUCAGUAAAAGUAAAGUUGGCCGCGGUAAUUUCUCCAUAGUGAGCAACAAGUCUACUAGAUAUGGCAAAAAAUCUCAGAUCGUUUUAGAAGGUCAAUCGUUGCAGGGUGGUAUUGAAGACACGCCUAUGACAGAGCCAGACCGUCAGGGCCAGUGGCUGCGGCGGCGGCGCCUCGACGGAGCACUGAACCGGGUUCCCAGAGACUUCUAUCCACGUGUAUGGGGCGUUUUGGAAAGGUGUCAAGGCUUAGUAAUACAAGGCAAGCUCUUACAACCCAACUUAACACAAGAGAUGACAUCCGGCGAGUUGAAGUUCGCUCUCGCGGUGGAGACCGUACUGAACUCGAUCCCGCAGCCCGAGUACCGCCAGCUCGUGGUGGAGGCCCUCAUGGUGCUCACGCUGGUGGUGGAGUACAAGGCCGUGGCUCAUCUCGGCGGGACCAUCGAGGUCGAGAGCCUGGUGCACAAGGCCAACCAGAUAUUCUUAGAAGAUCAGAUGCGCUGCAACGGCGACGCGACGCUGUGCUGCGCGAAGGGCGGCGCGGCGGGCGGGGGCGCGGGGGGCGCGGGCGGGGGCGGGGGCGCGGGCGGGGGCGCGCUGCUGUGCGGCGGCGCGGCCGGCGUGUGCCAGCACCUGUACGACAGCGCGCCGUCGGGCAGCUACGGCACCAUGACGUACCUGGCGCGCGCCGUGGCCGCGCUGCUGGCCGCCGUGCUGCCGCACGACAAGCCCAUCGAGUGCACCAUCACAUAAGCAAACGCCUAGCAGAUCCAACAUACAUACUUUUCGCUUGACUUCCACUAAAUGAUAUCUUACUAAAUCCAUUUCUACCAGAACUUGUGUAUUUCACCGACCUUUUUUUACGACUCCCACACUAAUUACUCAACCCAUGUAUCGCGGAUGUUUCACAAAUAUUCAAGUCAAAUGCACAAAUACUCUCAAUUAUCUCAUAACAGACAUUUGUGGAUCACACCAAUACUUGUACUUCACAAGGAUCGAACUUACGAUACGUCUCACGUAAUUUGGCAUAGUGACCUUUAUCACCCAACAAACUAUGCAGUUUUCAAUUUGUAAUAACUUUAAAAACUGCAAGGAUAUAAUCAAAUUCAAAAAAAAUAGCCAAGCAUAUAUCUUCCUCUUCAAUUAGUUAAGCUCAAAAGUAUAAUAACCAAUCGCUUACCAGUAGGCAGUUUAGUUGCAGAAGGUAGUUUUACUAAUGAUAAGUAAAUAAGCUUAUCAGAAAUCUAAAUACCGAUGUUACUCUAUUUCUGCAUCUUAUGUAACUUCGACGUCAAUUUACUAUUACUUCUAAUCCUUCCCAGUGCAAUAACUAAAACAGCAAUGUGUCAAUCUUAUUAAUGUUAAUUAUCUUAUAGGUAUGAUACACCCAGAGCUGUCUGUAUACUGGGCAUAUCUUAAUUUUCUUAAACAGUUCAGUGUCUGACAUUGAAGCUGAUAUAAGUAUUGUUACGAUUAAAAAAAAUAAGACAAUAAUCAACUCGGUUCAUCUGAGUUGUGAUGACUUUUACAUUAGAAAUGGUUGUUAUUAAUGCCUAUGUUUACUCCAACCUAAUAUUUACAACCUCGUUAGUUUAUUUAUAGAAUAAUUACCCAAUCAUCCUUAAAUUUUCAACUCUAUUGUAGUUUAUUAACACGUCCCAUCACUGUAAAUUUAGAUACAGAACAGCCAUCAUAUUUGGGUGGCUUGACGAGUGUAAAUGUUUCACAAAAACACUUGUGUCAAUUUAGCGUAUCAACGACAUUAACGACAUUGAAAUAAAUUGUUAUAAGAGUCAUGGCUAAGUGCCAUUAUUUUUGAAGCAAACUCGCCUAGCAAUUCAAAAUAAACAGACAUGUGUAUUAUGCCCCCUUAAUAUAGUUAUAUGUUAUGACAAAAAUAGUUCCUUUGUUAGGUGUGUUAUUCAGAUAUCAGAUAUCCUAUUUUAUCAAUACUUAUCAUAUUAUAUUGUCACAAACAAAAAAAUAUUUGUGAAUGUAUUUUUGAACUAAGUAUAAGUUAGAUUUAGGUUUAAUAGACAAUUAUUAAUUAAUCAAUGUUGAAUAUUUUCGGAUAUUAAAAUUAUUUUAUCAA